AAAUGGGAGAGGAAGCGCCUGUCUCUACCCCGGUUGCCUUGUUAUUGUGUAGCGUGUGUCUGUGUCGUGUUUGUUUUCUUCUUCCUUUGGGAAUAUUUAUCUUGUCCUUGGCCUGGUUGUUGUGUGGAUUGAAAUCUUCAUGCGGAUGGUGAGAAAAAGCAUUCAAAAGGAUCUGGAGGAAUCCCAUGUUAGAUGAAGUUUCCAGGAUUAGGAGUUUGUCCUCACCCCACCCUGGGGGCCACCGAGGCACCUGUGUUCCCUGCAGGCUUUUGCUAAUGUGGGUGCGGAGGGCCGGGUCCACCCCGAGGGAACAGCACCGGGAGAUGUGCCUUCUCCAGCUCCCGGCUCCCCCUCGGGCGUUUUUACCCCUCCCAACCUUUUGCUGGAGAAUUGGCUGCUGCUUGCCACCGGGAACAGAACGUUCAUUGAGGAACCGUAAAUCUGGAUGGAAUGAAGUCACGCAGCAGCAGUGCCCUUUCCACUCGUUGGCCUGGAGGGCCUCGGAAAUGCCUGCCGCUUUUCCCCUUCCCACUAAAAGAAUAAAAUAGGAAAUAUUUGCUGAGACAGACUUGGGGGUGUGCGUGUGUUUCUUAUAGGGAGGAACUGUACAUACAGUCUGUUUACUUCCUGUAUCCCAGAGGAUUUUUCAGGGGGGAGGGGAUAGUUUCUGAUGGGGAGGAGUUUUCCUUCUCCCAUCUCACAUAGUUCUGUAAAAUAAAUCAGAUCUUCAUUCUUGAGUGGGAAUCAGACGGGUUGGGCCUCUUUUCACCCUUCCUCAAACUGGUACAUCUGGGUGAACUCAGGCUUGUGUAUCUUGGCAUCUGAGCCUGUCUAGUAAUAGAAGACAAACUGUUUGCCUUGUGCUGGCUGCCUUUUUGGACCCGUUUUCACUGUACCUUUCCUUUUUUUUUUUUUUUUUUUUUUUUUUUUUUUUUUUUUUUUUUUGCAUUUGAAGGUUUGGUCAAGAGAAGGAGGGCAAAUAUUUAAAACAGUGUUUACACUUUGUGGUUUAAAGUCAGGAGGGUGAAAAUGAAAGCGGGCUGUAGCAUCGUGGAAAAGCCAGAAGGAGGUGGAGGGUAUCAGUUUCCGGACUGGGCCUAUAAAACCGAGUCGUCCCCAGGCUCCCGGCAGAUCCAGCUGUGGCACUUCAUCCUGGAGCUGCUGCAGAAGGAAGAGUUCCGCCAUGUCAUCGCCUGGCAGCAGGGAGAGUACGGGGAGUUUGUCAUCAAGGACCCAGAUGAGGUGGCCCGCCUCUGGGGCCGCAGGAAAUGCAAACCACAGAUGAAUUAUGACAAGCUGAGCCGGGCCCUCAGAUACUAUUACAACAAGAGGAUCCUUCAUAAAACAAAAGGGAAAAGGUUUACUUACAAGUUUAAUUUCAACAAGCUGGUGAUGCCCAACUACCCCUUCAUCAACAUUCGAUCAAGUGGUGUGGUUCCUCAAAGUGCACCACCAGUGCCAACAGCCUCUUCCAGGUUCCAUUUCCCACCUCUGGACACCCAUUCUCCAACUGGCGACGUGCAGCCAGGACGGUUCUCAGCCAGCUCCCUAGCUGCCUCUGGCCAGGAUUCAAGUGAUGGCACCGACCGAAAGGUGGAGCUUUCAGAACUGGAGGAUGGCUCGGCCGCUGACUGGCGCAGGGGUGUGGAUCUCAUGUCCUCCCGGAAUGCUGUUGGAGGAGGAGGGAUUGGCCCCCAGAAACGCAAGCCUGACAUAAUGCUUCCUCUGUUCACUAGGCCAGGGAUGUACCCAGACCCCCAUAGUCCUUUCGCCGUCUCUCCAAUCCCUGGCCGUGGAGGUGUCCUUAAUGUCCCCAUUUCACCAGCCCUCUCCUUGACUCCCACCAUCUUCUCCUACAGCCCCCCACCAGGCCUGAGUCCCUUUACUAGCAGCAGUUGCUUCUCCUUCAACCCUGAGGAAAUGAAACACUACCUUCAUUCUCAAGCCUGUUCCGUGUUUAACUACCAUCUGAGCCCCCGGACUUUUCCCCGUUACCCAGGGCUCAUGGUUCCUCCACUGCAAUGCCAAAUGCAUCCUGAGGAGUCAACUCAGUUUUCUAUCAAGUUACAGCCUCCACCAGUUGGGCGAAAGAACCGGGAGAGGGUCGAGAGCAGUGAGGAUUCAGUGCCUGUCCCUGCACCCACCAUGGCUCCCGUUCCCCCGCGAAUUAAGGUGGAACCCACCUCUGAAAAGGAUCCAGAGAGCCUCAGGCAGGCGAGCCAGGAGAAAGAGGAGCAUUCUCAAGAAGAGGGCCCUGUACCAAGCAGGACUAUUGAAGAGGAAAAGGGCACUGUCUUUGCCCGCCCUGUUGUGCCACCCAUCUGGCCCUCAGCACCCAGUAGCACCCCAAACGAGGAGUCCCUGGAGGUGACUGAAGACAGUGAGGACAGGCCUGGCAAAGAGGCCAGUGCACCUGAGAAGAAAGAAGAUGCUCUGAUGCCUCCCAAGCUCCGGUUGAAGCGGCGCUGGAAUGACGACCCUGAGGCUCGAGAGCUGAAUAAGAACGGCAAGUUCCUCUGGAGCGGGUCAGGACCCCGGGGCCUGGCGACAGCAGCUGCCGAUGCUUAGAACUGCAAGUGGAUUGGGAGCUGUUUAUACUAUAAUCAAUACAUACAUGUAUUUAUGUAGCAAGAUUCGGGGGGAGGGGUGGGAGGGUAUUAGACUGAUUUGAUCAUUCUAGGAACAUAGACUUGUAUUUUUAUGUUUUGGGAUUGGGAUGGGGUAUCUUCUGUUGUAAAUUAGGUGGGGUAUGAACACUUUUUUUUCCUGAUGGGUAGAACACAGAGAUGGUAUUGAACUGAGAGGAGGAUGGGCCUCUGUUUCCUGUUGAGGCUUACACUUUGUGGCAAGGAAACUCCUAAAGGGCCAGAGUACUUCUUGGUCCCGUGAUAGUUCAGGUUCCAGACUUCUUUCUUUUUUAUUGUAUUUUAUCUAUAGAAAGCCAUUCAUGAAUUUAUUUUACUCUGAGAGAUGCAUAUAAGGGGAAAGGUCAUGCUGUGGGAUUAGGCCAUGAGAGACCAUUAAUACUAAGUAUUUGCCUGAAAUGUUUCUUUAUAAUUAUUUCGGAGAGGAAUAAGAUAAAUCUCAAUCUCAGUCUUACUGGGGUGGGAGGAUGUUCAAAUGUUGCUUUGGGGUGGGAGGGUUGGUGUUCUGUUGUUUGGCAUUUUUUUUGUUCUUUUACAAAAUGUUUUCAGGAAACAUGAGCCUACUACCACUCAGAGCGGGCUGGGAAGGCACAGGAGCCAGCCACCCUCCCGCCUGCUGGGUUGGGACAGGAAGCCCUGCUGUGAGACCCUUGGACUUUUCACCACUUCACCUAUUCAGAAGCCAUGAGGAGUGGUAAACUCUUGUUCAGGGAAGAAAGAAGAGGGCAAGAGGAAGUGACCCGAUGCCUUUAAAAGCAAAACAGAAGAAGUGGUCUUCACUUUUCCUUUUCCAUCAUGGGUGUGGGGAGCCAAACCGAAGUGUGCCUGUGAGGAAGUUCACCAAGAGGCAUGACAACAUUGUUGAAGAUGUCUUUGCAUUAUAUCUGGUCCUCUUAGCAUUUUCUAAAGUCAAGCCUUAACUAUGAACGUACUUUAAAAUGAUACGGGUCUGUCAACAGAAACCUGUAAAGGGACAUGGACAACUUUCUAGAUAAUUCAGGAAUGUUGAAACAUGGUUAAACUUCUAGCUGAUACAUAGUCAUUCCCUCUGGACGUUCCUGGGACAGGCAGCAGAAAUGCAGGAUUGUAGGCAUUAAGGAACAGGACACCUAGAAACACAGAAGGUAGCUGGGGGUACAAGUGGAUGUUUGCUGAGACUGAGGAAGAGAGGAAGGAAGAUACAGAAAGCAACCAGGUGCUGAAAGGCCUGGGGUGGAUGAAAGAGUUGGUGUCCUGCUGGGAUGAUGCUGUUCUCGCCAUACCCAUACACCUAUGCUGUUUGGAAUCUCCCUUAAGAUUGACUGUCUUACAUGAGACUACAGUUUACAAUGAGGAAUUGUUUCUUCACAGGAAAUUCACUUCCAAAAUUUCAAAGGAGUAGGAAAGUCUUCAUCUUAUGUGAAGCAAAUGAGCUCGAGGCAGGGGCAGAGAAAGCAGCCACAGCCAGCCCUCUGUGUAUUCACAGGUGUACCCGUGUAGUGUGUGUAAAUGCCUGGCUGGCUCAGAUCCACCUGGCAUCAGGAUGGCAGGGAGAGAAGAAAGCUGCAUGUAUCUGUUGAGGAUAAGGGGCAGGCUGCCUGGGGGUGAUGUCUAGGAAUUGAAGAAUUCUUGAUUCCACCUUUGCUUAAGUGAACUCUAUAUAUGAAGUCACAAUUUGAAGGUUGAGUUUUAUGAAGGGAUGGCUCUUCAGGCUCAUAAGAGGGGUCUCAAUAAAGGUAAGACAAGUGACUGAGACAUUGGAUGGCCUGGGAUAACUGGAGUCCAUCAUACUAUUUCUUGGCAAGUGUCUUCUCCCUGCUUGAUUUGAGUUCCAUGAGUGACUUGUCUUUCCCCAGGAAAGGGAUCGGGAAAAUGGUCCCUAGCAACUCAGGCUCUGGUUAGGCUGCAAAGGGACCCCAGUGGGACUGCCUUUGGUGGUUAUGUUUUUUGUCAGCUUCUUUCUCUGUACCUUGACUUACCUCUGAAUCAGAAAGCAAGCCUGGCAGGUGGAGGGGGCGGCUCUCUGCUUGGCAUUGCCUGAUUUAACCAGGGAGGCUAGCUGGCCACCCACUGUCCACUAACGGGGAAGGCCAGCAGAUGUCGGUCUGAACUCAGGAAUAGAUACACGAGGCCUUUAAAAUAAAGAGAGGGAGAGAAAUCCGUGAUGCAUACCUAUAAAACCCCCUAGAACCCAAGUGCCAGAUUCAUUCCUAGAUGCUGCUUGUUUGAACAAAAAGUCACUGCUUUUUCACUUGAAAAAACACAAAAAAUGUUCAACUUUAACUCCAUGAAAAAUUGUUUUUGGCUUUAAGACAUUGUUUGCUGUCUUACUGUUUCCCUUGAUCGCCAUUCCACCAGUAAAUUGUGGGUUAAUUUUGCACUGCACACUGGG